AUGUCUGCAUAUUCCCAAGAUAGCGGAAAUUCCCAGGAGGAUGCAGGGUCUCUAGCGACAGACCAGCAAACUCAGACGGUUGCAGAUGCGGCUGGCUCCUCCCUCCAAAAGCCCAAAUCUAGGCGAACACUCUUUGUGCGGUCUCUCCCUGCGUCCGCAACGACUGAGAGCUUAACAGAGUACUUCUCGCAAUCAUACCCCUUGAAGCAUGCUACCGUUGUUCUUGACCCUCAGACGAAACAAUCGAAAGGCUAUGGAUUUGUCACCUUUGCCGACCACGAAGAUGCCGCGAAGGCUUUAGAGGAAUUCAACGGCUCGGAUUUUGAUGGUAGAAAACUCAAAAUUGAAGUCGCUGAGCCACGCCAUCGAGAGAUUGACGAAAACCAGGGAAAGAGUGUGUCUAUUUCCCACCUGAAACAAGUGCGAGAAAUUCGAAAAACCCAAGCUCAACCGCCCAAACUCAUCAUCCGAAACCUGCCAUGGAGUAUAGCGGAACCAGACCAAUUAUCCAACCUAUUUCGAAGUUUUGGCAAGGUUAAACAUGCUGUUAUCCCGAAAAGAGGCACUAAACAUUCUGGGUUUGGAUUCGUGGUCUUGCGUGGUAGGAAAAACGCGGAGAAGGCUUUGAACGCGGUGAACGGUAAAGAGGUUGAUGGAAGGACUCUGGCCGUUGAUUGGGCUGUGGAGAAAAGUGUCUGGGACGAGUUUCAAAAUCAUACGGAUGAUGUUAUUGAUGAGGGAGUUGAGGAAGAUGCAGGUAAAAAAAUUGAUGAGGAUGUCGAGGAUGAACGAAACGCUUCAACUGUUUUUAUCCGCAACCUACCUUUUAAUGCUACAGACGACUCGCUCUAUGAACAUUUCGUUCAAUUUGGACCAUUAAGAUAUGCCAGAGUUGUUGUUGACGCGGAAACAGACCGACCGAGAGGAACAGCUUUUGUUUGCUUUUGGAAGAACGAGGACGCAAUAUCUUGCCUUCGUGAUGCCCCGAAACGAACAGAUUUACUCCGGUCCGAAGAUUCGAAACCCAAGAUGUCUACCAUAAAACAUUCAGUUCUCGAAGACGAAAAUAAGGACCCUUCUGGAAAAUAUACUAUGGAUGGUCGGGUUUUACAACUAUCUCUCGCGGUUAGCAAAUCCCAGGCCGCUAAGUUCGAGGCCGAAGGCAGUUCGCGUAGGCAAGCUCGUGACAAAGACAAACGUCGACUAUUUCUUCUGUCUGAGGGCACCAUUCCGUCUAAUUCUCCACUCUACAAACAACUCUCCCCUUCAGAAAUUGCAAUGAGAGAAACAAGCGCCAAACAACGACAGAAACUCAUUAAAAGCAACCCGAUGUUACAUAUCAGUCUCACCCGUCUAUCUGUUCGUAACAUCCCUCGGAACAUCGAUUCCAAGGCUCUUAAGGCGCUUGCGAGAGAAGCAGUUGUCGGCUUCGCGAAAGACGUGAAGAGCGGUCUACGUGAGCCCUUAUCGAAAGAGGAACUUCACCGAAGUACUGAGGACAUGAAGGAGGCGGACAGGUUGCGGAAGGCAAAAGGGAAGGGUAUCAUCAAGCAAGCCAAGGUCGUCUUUGAAGGUAAAGAGGGCAGUAAGGUUGACGAGAAAAGCGGAGCUGGCCGAAGCCGCGGAUAUGGAUUCAUCGAAUACUAUUCUCACCGCUCUGCAUUGAUGGGACUUAGAUGGCUCAACGGACAUGCAGUUUCUGGAUCCGACAAAAAGAAGAAACGGCUCAUUGUUGAGUUUGCGAUUGAGAAUGCGCAGGUCGUCAAAAGGAGGCAAGAUAAGGAGGAGAAAUCGCGAAAUCAUGAAGACCAUAGCGCAAGUCAACCAAGUCGCACGCAAAUGAAGGCAUCCCGAAGUCGUCAAGAUUCUUCAAAACCUAGCUUCCCUCCCCAGCAGGAAUGA